GGGUGCUGCUCGCCCACGGGCUCGUGCGACGAGAGCCGGGCCUGCCUGGGCUGCGACGAGGGCUGCCAUGGUGAGGGGUGCCAUGGCGGGGGGCACCCCUGCACCCUCUGGGACAGCGACGUCGUGGAGGGGGAGGCUACGGAGCACGAAGGGACGCUGACGGAGGACGACGUUUACUGCCGCUGCCUCUCGCGGACGCUCUGCCACACGGCCACCCCCGUCACCGUCGGCUUCUACGCGCCCUGCAGCCACCGCCUCUACUCGCUGCUGGACAAGGUCACCGGCUUCAUGCGGGAGGAGGCGGCGCGGCGCGAGGAGCGGGAGCUGCAGCGGGGCCAGGCGAAGCCGCGCAGCGCCGAGGGCUGGGGGCUGCUGCUGCUCCUCUGGUACCUGGCCUUCUACAAGCCCAUCAUCACCGAGCUGCACCUGCGGAGGAAGAACAUCGGCUUCAUCUUCAUCCGCUUCAGCGCCUGGCAGUACGCCGGCUGCGACAAGCUCUGGGCCGGGCUGGUCACCACCCUCUGCUCCAGCGUCCGGCACCACUUCGGGGCCCUGCCCCUCAGCGUCUACCACGUGAUGGGCGCCCGGCCCCGCUUCGCCUCGGGCUUCAGCCAGAAGGAGUGGGUGCUGAAGCGGGACGCCUGCCUGAAGCUCUGGGGGCUGCUGGUGGUGCUGGGCGCGGGGCUGGGGUUGCUGCUGGCGGCGCUGCUGGUGCCCGGCCUGAAGGAGCACCGGGUGCUGAAGGUGGUGGGCAGCACCGUCACCUCGCUCUCGGGCUCCGGGCUGGUGCUGGGCGCCCUGUCGGUGCUGAAGAACCUGCUGGUGAGCGAGAAGCAGAAGAUCGAGCGGCUGACCAACAGCGAGAAGUUCACCAGCCAGCUGGGCUUCAUGAGCAAGGUGCGCGGCGAGGUGGAGGUGCUCAUCGGCUUCCUGACCUUCAUGGAGAUCUUCGAGCGCCGGCGGCUGCGCGUGGUGCUGGAGAUCACCAGCCUGGACCUCUGCUACCCGGAGAAGGUGGCCGGCGUCCUCAACGCCAUGAACACGCUGCUCUCCGACGCCAACGCCCCCUUCAUCUUCGUCCUGGCCGUGGACCCCAGCGUCAUCGUGCCCUGCCUGGAGCAGACGGGCUGCAUGAAGGGCCUGGCCGACAACGGCUACCUCUACCUCAGCCGGACGGUGACGCUGCCCUUCUCCAUCCCGCGCAUGGGCUCGCGCUCGCGGCUGCAGUGCCUGGAGGCGGCGGUGCAGACGCGCGAGGACCUGAUGUACCGCGUCAUCACCGGCAACGUGGAGCGGCGGCGGCGCGCCAAGGGCCGGCCGGCGGCGGCGCCGCGGCGCGAGGUGGCGGAGCAGGAGGCCGUGCGCUGCAUCCACGAGGCCUUCCGCUGCCUCCACGACGGCGCCGACCUCCUGGCCCGCUACCUCCCGUCCAACGGCGCCCAGCUGCGCCGCAUCGUCAACACCGUCCCCGUCACCCUCCGGCUGCUGCUGCACCGCGGCAGCCGCCCCCAGGGCCCCGCACCCCGCGCCGCCGCCGCCUGGGUGGUGCUGGCCGACCGGUGGCCGUGCCGCCUGAGCUGGGUGCUGCAGUGCCUGGAGGACGCGUGGCAGGCGCGGCCGCCCCCCGGCUUCGAGGAGCGCUCGCUCUGGGACGUCUUCCGGCAGCACCUGGCCGAGCUCUGCGCCCUGCGGCAGCCCCUGCACAACGCCCUCGGGCUGGACGAGGACCCCGAGCUCUUCGAGGCCUUCCUGGCCCGCGACUUCCCCUUCACCGCCCGCGACGCCCGCGCCCUGCUCCCCGUCACCGUCAACCUGGACCACUCCAUCCGGCACAAGAUGGGGCUCCUGCGCGGCCUCGACCGCCUGGCCAAGGAGGCCGCCGCCGCCGCCAAGGUGUCCCGCGGCGUGCAGUGUCCCCAGCCCAAGUGA